GUAAGUGAUGUCUGUCAUUAGUCCAUACGAAAUAAGAUAUUUUUAUCAAAGUUUCAGUUUCUCCUCUCUAUAUAUACCCACAAUAACUGCUGCUUAAGAACUCAAUACAGAAAACCAUACCUAUCAUGGAUUUCGUAACAGAAACACAUAGUAAUCUGCAUGAUCGUCGAGAUUCGCUUGUGAUCCCAAUCGACGGCAUUGAGACGUUGGGUAUUGACACGAAGAGGCUGGGGUGGAGGAAAGUCUUGCGUUAUGUUGCUCAAGUGAUACGGGUGGCUGAUUAUAAAAAGACUGUUCAUGCUAUUAAGUUUGGGUUAGCUUUGGUGCUGGUUUCAUUGCUUUAUAUGCUUGAGGCAGUCCAUGAUAAGCUUGGUGAUAAUGCCAUGUGGGCAGUCAUGACCGUUGUCGUGGUGUUCGAGUACACCGCAGGAGCAACUAUUAGCAAGGGCUUGAACCGUCUAGUUGGUACUGUUCUAGGGGGUGGACUUGGCUCCCUUGUUGCUAUCAUUGCUCAGGAGAUUGGUGGAGUUGGAAAAGCAGUGGUCAUAGGCAUUUCUAUUUUUAUUUUGGGUGCUGCAGCUACUUAUUUGCGAACAAUACUAAACAUCAGGAAGAAGUACGAUUAUGGAGUUAUGAUUUUUAUCUUAACAUUAAGUUUAGUAUCCAUUUCCGGUGUUCGAGUGGACGAGAUAAUCCAUGUAGCGGGAGAUCGCCUCUUAUCUAUAUGCAUGGGAUUUGUCAUUUGUGCUUUCAUAAGCUUAUUCAUCUUUCCAAUAUGGGCUGGUGACGAGCUCCAUAGCUCAUUGGCUUCUAAGUUUAAUUCCAUUGCACAUGCUAUUGAAGAUUGUAUGAAGAAAGGGAUGGAUGAAGCAAGAAAACCUUUGCAUUGUUUGUCUGUACUUUCAUCUAAAACAAGCGAUGAAUCAUUGGCUUUGAAGGUUUCUAACACAGUCGGGCAUAAUUCAAGAUGAGUCGACUCCAAUUGAUUUCACGUGGUUAAGUCGGACCUUAAACCAUGAGAC